CUACGUUGGCCCACCUCUGCAUGCCUAAUUUAUCUUGGCCUUAUAAAUACUGAAUCAGAGAUAACACAUUCACCACACUCUGGAGCGACAUCCAAGGAGUGAGGUCUUGGUUUUUACUUGAAAAGGGUAAUGAGAUAGGGCUCAAGACAUUAGCACAAGGGACAGGAGAGUGGAGAAACAAAUAUUAUUCUUGAUUUCUCGAUUGAAGCGCAGGGUACAGGCGAAUAAAGAAAAGAAAAUUCCUGUCAGUGCUGCGGAUCCCGGGAAGCAAACAGAUUCAACAUGGCCGCCUUGAAGGAGAAGAGGACUUGUGGGCAGCGUUGCGAAGACUUUGGCCACUUUGUGUGGAACUCAGAGAAUGGAACACUUAUGGGAAGAACACCAGAGAAAUGGGUGUACAUCAGCCUGUAUUAUGUGGCCUUCUAUGUGGUGAUGACAAGCCUCUUUUCUCUGGCCAUCUGGGUGCUCAUGUAUACCCUGGAUCCGUAUGCUCCGGAUUACCAAGACCGGCUAAAAUCUCCGGGUGUAAUGGUGUGGCCCGACAGUUAUGUAGAUGAGAAGAUUGAAAUCACCUACAACAUAUCGGACAAGAAAUGCUGGAUGGAGAAGACCAACAUACUCCAUACCUUCCUGAAGCCGUACAAUGACACCAAGCAGCAUGAAUGUAACUACCACAACUGCACGAAGGGAAAGUACUUCAUCCAGAAGGACUUCCAUGCCCCGCACCACACCAAGUGGGCGUGCCCCUUCACCCAAAGCAUGCUGGGACCCUGCUCAGGACUUGACGACCCAACCUUCGGCUACAACAGCAGCAUGCCUUGUAUCAUCAUUAAGAUGAACAGGAUCAUUGGCUUUUUGCCUUCUAAUCACACUGAGAGUCCUCCAUAUGUCAACUGCACCACACUGGAUGGACAUGACAGUGUGGCGAAAAUGGAGUAUUUCCCUAACAAAGGAGUUAUGGAUCUCUCUUACUUUCCGUAUUACGGAAAUCUGGCACAACCUACCUAUGUCAACCCGUUGGUGGCUGUUCGGUUCUCCCUGGUUGGAGAGAGAAAGGCGAAGAUCCAGUGCCGAGUGGUCGCUGACAUGAUCACCUUCGAACACUUCCAUUUACCCUAUGAGGGAAAAGUCACCUUCACUAUUACACAACAGAAAUGAGGAAAGCAGAUAAAGGCAGACAACCCUGUAAUCAUCAAACAACUCAGUUUCAAAGGAGUAGGUGUCUACAGAUCAAUACUGACUAUUUUUUAUGUAAC